AUGGACCAACACAUCCUCUUCCUUCUGAGCUACGGCGUCUUCCUCGCCUACUUUACCUCGCAGUCUACGUUCCCCGGGAGUCGCACUCUUGAUUAUGCCUUUAUCGGAGGACUUUCCGCCUCACAGGCACUGUUCAUCUCGCCGUUAGUCACUGUCCUCCACCGCCGCAUAGGCCUCAAAGCCACCAUGGCUCUGGGCGUUUUGCUUGAAACUGCUGCCUUUUUGGGCGCCUCUUGGAGUGCCUGCUUUGGUUGGGGCCUCGGGAUGCAUCUCGCAGCCGGCAUUGCAACAGGCGGUAGUGGAACAGGAGGCCUGAUCUACUCUCUCUCAAUGCAUGUCCUGCUUGCGCGGUUCGGCCUGGGGUGGUCUUAUUGUAUUCUUGCUAUCUGCCAGCUCGUCGUCAAUGCGAUCUGUCUUCUUGUAAUCCGGGAUUGUAAAGGGGUAGCAGCACCCAACCGCUCGUUUUAUAUCAACUUCCGCCUCUGCACCCGGUAUGAGAUGUGGUUGUACCUUGGCUGGAGCUUCUUCAGUAUUAUGGGGUUCAUGGUCAUCUGGUUUUUAUUGGUGAUGUAUGGGCGCAGUGUCGGGUUGACUUCGAGUCAAGGUUCAAUUGUCACAGCGGUCAUGAAUGUUGGCCAAAUGGUGGGACGCCCUGCGGUGGGGUUCAUGUCGGAUGCUGUCGGCCGCAUCAAUAUUGCUACUUUUGCCACUCUCAUCAGUGGCUUGCUUUGUCUGCUUCUCUGGAUGUUUGCUCGCACUUACACUGCUUUGAUAUGCUUUGUCUUGUUUGUAGGUGUCUUCUUCGGCACUUUCUGGACGCUGAAUCUGGCCUCGAUUGUCGGCCCUCUUGGAGCAGAGGUUGUCGCUUUAGAGGAUCUGCAGUCAGGAUUGACGAUCAUGUGGCUGUUCUGCUCGGUCCCUGCAAUGUGUGAGCGUCUCUUUCCUCUCUGCCCGACGUCCUUCAAUACCAAUAUGUCCAAAGACAACGAAAUACUAAUCAGGUCGAGGAUAACAGUCGGAGAAGCCAUCGGUCUCGAGCUGCGAACCUCUGGACGGCAUGAAUUCUUGUAUACGCAGCUCUUCACGGGAUUUAUGUACAUCGGCGCCGCGCUAUGCCUGGUUAUGCUCUGA